AUGGAAGAUCAAUCACAACCUUCUCCACCACCACAAUCAUCUUCACCGUUGCCACAACCACCACCAUCGCUUAAAACCUAUAAAUUAACAGCAACGUCAAUCUCCUAUGUUAAAUCCACCACAACUUCCAACAGCAUUAUCGCACCACUCUUCCUCUUCAAGCACUGCACAACAACCCCACCAAAUUACAUCCUAAAGGAAGUGUCUCUCACAGCUUAUCCAUCCCAAAUCCUUGCCAUUGUUGGCCCAAGUGGAGCUGGAAAAUCCACUCUUUUGGACAUUUUAGCGGCUAGAACUUCACCAUCAAGUGGCAUUCUCCUUCUCAACUCCACCCCCGUAAACUCGUCCUCAUUUCGCAAGCUUUCAGCUUAUGUCCCUCAACAUGAUGCAUGCCUUCCAUUGCUCACUGUAUCUGAAACAUUCGCCUUUUCUGCUCGCCUUCUCAACCCAAAAUCAUCACAAAUUGCCACAAUUGUUGAGUCUCUUCUCAAUGAGCUAAACCUAACACACUUGGCUAACGCAAGGCUAGCUCAUGGACUAUCGGGUGGUGAACUUAGACGUGUUUCAAUAGGGCUAAGCCUCCUUCAUGACCCCGGCAUCUUACUUCUUGACGAGCCCACUUCAGGUCUUGACAGUAAAUCAGCUCUUAAUGUGAUGCAAACCCUCAAAUCCAUUGCUACUUCACGCUAUAGAACCGUGGUUUUGUCCGUUCAUCAACCAAGCUUCAAGAUCCUUUCAACUAUAGACAAAGUACUUUUGUUGAAUAAAGGAACAGUGGUUCACCAUGGAAGCCUUUCUUCGUUGCAAAGUUUCUUGUUUUCUAAUGGCUUCACUGUCCCUCCACAGCUCAAUGCUCUUGAAUAUGCCAUGGAAAUCCUAAACCAGCUUCACGAGAGUAAACCCAAUACACCACCAUCACUACCUCCAUCACCAGACAAUUCUACAGUGUCCCCUUCUGAUAGUAAAGCGAGAAGUAUCAGAGACAAGACUUCAAGACUCCAUGAAGUCUGUGUUCUAUAUAGUAGGUUUUGGAAGAUUAUUUAUAGAACAAGGCAGCUAUUAUUGACAAAUGCAUUAGAAGCACUUAUUGUUGGUCUUGUUCUAGGAACUAUUUACAUCAACAUUGGAUAUGGCAAGCAAGGUAUUGAAAAAAGGUUUGGUCUCUUUGCUUUCACUCUCACUUUCCUUCUCUCUUCCACUACUGAAACACUCCCAAUUUUCAUCAAUGAAAGGCAAAUUGUACUAAGAGAAACAUCAAGUGGGGUUUAUAGACUUUCAUCUUAUCUCAUAGCAAACACUCUUGUUUUCUUGCCAUACUUGCUUGCAAUUGCUAUCAUUUACUCGGUCUCAAUUUAUUUCUUGGUGGGUCUUUGUGAUUCCUGGCAAGCUUUUGCUUACUUUAUUUUGAUCAUUUGGGUCGUUGUCUUAAUGGCAAACUCAUUUGUUUUAUUCUUGAGCUCUCUUGCACCAAAUUAUAUAGCUGGAACUUCUUUGGUGACAAUACUUCUUGGCGGGUUCUUUCUCUUCUCUGGCUACUUCAUUUCACAGAAUAAUAUGCCCAAGUACUGGCUCUUCAUGCACUUCUUUUCCAUGUACAAGUAUGCCCUUGAUGCACUACUCAUCAAUGAGUAUUCUUGCCUUGUAAAUAAGUGCUUCUUGUGGUACGAAGAGACCAACACUUGCAUGGUGAAUGGGGGUGAUGUUUUGCAGAAGAGAGGACUCCAUGAAAGUCAAAGGUGGACAAACAUCUACAUUUUGCUUGGGUUUUUUGUGUUCUAUCGUGUGCUUUGUUUGCUGGUUUUGAUCAGAAGGGUUUCAAGAUCAAAAAAAUAA